AUGAAGUUCAACAUCGCUCCCUCUCGCGCUGCCGCGCUCGUCGCCCUCAUUGCGAGCGCUGAAGCUGCCCGCCACGGCCACUCCCACCUCCACCGCCGCUCCGAGAAUGUCUCCGUUGAGAAGCGUGGUGGUCAGUGCCAGUUCCCAUCCAACGCCGGUCUCGUCUCCGUCACUCCCAAUGAGGAGAACGCCGGUUGGGCCAUGAGCCCUAACCAGCCUUGCAAGCCCGGAAACUACUGCCCGUACGCCUGCCCUGCCGGUCAGGUCUCUAUGCAGUGGGAUCCCAAGGCCACUUCCUACUCUUACCCCAUGUCCAUGAACGGUGGUUUGUACUGUAAUGAGGAUGGCGAGAUUGAGAAGCCAUUCCCCAGCAAGCCUUACUGCCAGGAUGGUACCGGUGCCAUCAAGGCCAAGAACAAGGCCGGCAAGGCUGUCUCCUUCUGUCAGACCGUCCUUCCCGGUAACGAGGCCAUGCUUAUCCCCACUCUGAUCGAGGAGCUCGAGACUCUGGCUGUUCCCGACAUGUCCUACUGGUGCGAGACCGCUGCCCAGUACUACAUCAACGCCCCCGGUAUCUCUGCCGAGGAAGGCUGUGUCUGGGGUACCAACGCCAAUCCCGUCGGUAACUGGUCCCCUUACACUGCAGGUGCCAACACCGUCACCAACGGCGACACCUAUGUGAAGAUCGGCUGGAACCCCAUCUACUUGGAGCCCACCACUCCCUUCCGCAACAUCAAGCCAACCUUCGGUAUUGAAAUUGAGUGCGAGGGUGGCGGCUGCAAUGGUCUUCCUUGCAAGAUCGAUCCAUCCACCAUGAGCAUCAACCACAUGGAGGGUUCCAGUAUCAUGACCGGCGCCGGUGGUGCUACCGGCUGUACCGUUACCGUCCCCAAGGGCUCUACCGCUCACAUUGUCGUCUGGGACGUUGAUGGCAGCGACAGCGACAGCGGUAGCUCCAGCUCUGAGACCGUCUCCAUCUCGACUAGCUCCGCUACCUCGACCUCGACCAGCACCAGCACUCCUACCCCGACUCCUACCACUACCUCGACCACGGAGACCCCUACCUCCACCCCCACAUCUACUCCUACCCCCACUACCACCACCUCCACCUCCACCUCCACCUCCACCCCUACUCCCACUUCGCCAUCGACCUCGACUGUCACUGCUACCUCCACCGUGACUCCCUCCAGCAGCACCAAGCUGCCCAAGUCGAGCCCCUCGUUGAGCUACACCUACCGCCCUCAUGUUUUCACUGGUUCCGCUGAGAUUGUUGCUGGUUCGUCGGCUACCGGCACGGCUGUUGCGGCUGCUUCAUCCUCCACCGGUGCUCCCGGCAAUGGUGCUUCCACCGCCACUGUCUCGAUGGCUAGCCUGCUCUUCGGUGCCGUGGCUGUCAUGGUCAUGAACUACUAG